AUGCCUAGGAAGAUGUUCAUUGAUUCACGUAUGGGCCCAAGAGUAAAGCUUCAGGGACGCCUGCCGCCUUUGUGGCAAAGGCUAUCAUUUGGUCCGCUUCCUCUUCCUCGCCUUGCCCUCGUCGCUUUUGGUUUCUACAGCACCUCCCGCCUUUCCAUCAGGGACUUAUUCCCUCCCCUCGUCACUGCAGUGAUUGCAGUGAUUAUGACUACACUAGCUGCGAGACGAACCAUCAUGUCCCGCUUACACUCCCGUCCCUUAUGUCAGGCGCUCUGCGCAGGCCUUAUUUUCGGCUUAGAGCUCGCGAAGUUGCUGCCCCAAAGCCCUGUUCUAGCCAAUAAGCUCGGCCAGCAUGGCACCAAUCUCCCCGUCGAACAGGCCGCUGGCGAUAUCUAG